CAGCGGUGAUACCGAGGUUGGGCUGCCGCCGGAGAGACCCGGAGUCAGGGCAAACAUCCAACCAGUUCACCCAAACUGGCAUCGCAGCGGGGCUGAGGGGCUGCCCCUGCGAGUUUAAACCUGAAUACUACUUAGGUUGGAUACUGCGCCUCUCCCUGUCACCACCGCCCGUCCUCCUGAUGUCGGAUUUCAAGCUCGGGAUCGUAAGGCUCGGCCGUGUGGCCGGGAAGACAAAAUACACACUGAUCGAUGAGCAGGACAUACCGCUUGUGGAAAACUAUGCUUUUGAGGCGCGCAUGGAGGUAGAUGCGGAUGGCAAUGGAGCUAAGAUCUUUGCCUACGCUUUUGACAUUGGCAAAGGCCGCUGGGCAGGACGACCGUUACAUGAGCUGCUCUGGGAGAAGCACAGAGGAGGCAUUGCCCCCAGUUUUCAAGUCAUCCACAUCAACUCUGUGACAGUAGACAACCGACUAGACAACCUGCGGCUGGUGCCAGUGGGCUGGAGCCCCAAGCCAGAGGAGAUUUCCAGCAAGCAGAGAGAGCAAUCUCUGUACUGGCUGGCAAUCCAGCAGGUACCGGCUGACCCCGUGGAGGAGCAGUAUCUGGAGCUGAGCCGCACACGCUACUACAACGCUAACGGGGAGCUGGUUGAGGAAGAGGAGUGCUCCUGCACCUACUAUGAGUGUCAUUAUCCCCCUUGUUCACUCAUUGAGAGGAGGCUCCGAGAGUUCAACAUCUGCGGUCGCUGCCAGGUGGCACGCUACUGUGGCUCCCAGUGCCAGCAGAGGGACUGGCCCGCCCACAAGAAGCAGUGUCGUGAGCGCAAGCGAGUGCUGGCCCUGGAGUCAGAGCCCGAACGAUGAUCUGCCCUCAUCCUCGCCUGGCAG